GGCCGCCCUGACGCCAGACACUGCCCGUGAAGCCGUCCCGGAGAGCAUGCAGCCGCGCAGGCCCGAGGGCUUUGAUGGGCUGGGGUACCGGGGAGCCGCCUACGGUGCGGACUAUCAGCUCGGCUUCCCGGCAAGGUCACUGAGCUCCUCGGGGGACCUGUCCCAGCACUGGGUGACCACCCCGCCCGACAUCCCCGGCAGCCGCAACCUGCACUGGGGGGACAAAACACCUGUGUAUGGGGGAGACGGCAGCCUGCCCCCUGCCGGCCUGGGCGAGGAGAGCAGCGGCCGGGAACAAUUGAAUCGAUUUGCUGGAUUCGGUAUUGGACUGGCCAGUCUCUUUACAGAAAAUGUUUUGGCCCACCCAUGCAUUGUGCUGCGUCGACAGUGCCAGGUUAAUUACCAUGCUAGAAAUUACCAGUUAUCUCCAUUUAGCAUCGUCAAUAUUAUGUAUAACUUCACGAAAACCCAGGGUCCCCGAGCACUUUGGAAAGGGAUGGGAAGCACCUUUAUUGUUCAGGGUAUAACUCUUGGAACGGAAGGCAUCAUCAGUGAAUGUACUCCUUUACCCAGGGAAGUCACCCAUAAAUUCAAUCCAAAGCACAUAGCCGGACAUCUUCUUCUGAAAGGGUUGGUUUAUGCCAUUGCAACACCAUUUUACUCAGCAAGUUUAAUUGAAACUGUACAGAGUGAGAUCAUACAUGAUAAUCCGGGAAUUCUCGAUUGUUUAAAAGAAGGGAUUGGUCGCAUCGUUGGACUUGGAGUGCCGCACAGUAAACGGCUGCUACCUAUACUUGUUAUCACAUUCCCCACUGUUCUUCAUGGUGUUUUACAUUACAUUAUCAGCUCUGUCGUUCAGAAGUGUGUGCUGUUCAUCAUUAAGAAAAAGGCCCCACCGCGCGAUUCGACAGACAGGCCAAACAUCGUUCAGAACACCUUGGAUGAUUACUUCCCUGAACUUAUUGCAAAUUUUGCAGCAAGCCUUUGUGCUGAUGUCAUGCUUUAUCCCCUAGAGACAGUGUUACAUCGCCUUCACAUUCAAGGUACGCGCACGAUUAUAGACAAUACAGAUCUCGGCCAUGAGGUUGUCCCAAUCAACACACAAUAUGAGGGAAUGAGAGACUGCAUGAAUUCCAUAAACCGUGAAGAAGGCAUCCUUGGCUUUUACAAAGGUUUUGGAGCUGUGGUGGUACAGUAUACGCUUCAUAUGGCCGUUCUGCAAAUAACAAAAAUAAUUUAUGCAUCUUUAUCACGUAAUACUAGCUGAAGAUUCUGAGUUCUGAUGAUUAGAAUGUCAGAUAUAAUUAUUGUUUUUGUUUUUUUCUUGAAACGCCAGUGCAAAAAAAAAGUGUAAAUCCUUUCCCACUGUGUCUCUGGUUUUUUUUUUUUUUUUUUUAAUCCGUUAAAAUAUCCGUCGAAUGAAAAUUUACAAAUUUUAGUAAUUAGAAAGAAGUAGGAAAGUACUAUUGCUUUUCCAUUGACAGGUGUUGCAUAUUCCUCAGUCAGGGGACUAGCCCUUGUACAAACUAAACUACUAAAAUAUGGAAUAUAAAAGACCUAACGUAAAAAAGAUCCCAGCGAUGAGUAUGAUAAAAUCUUAGAACUUUAUUGAAUUAGACUAAAAUUGGUGAUACAUAAGAAAAAUGAUAGUGUCACUCUGACGUGACAUACACAGUAGCCUCUCUUGAAGAAAAAAAAAAAUAAUUUAAAAUGGAAUCGGAAAAGGCUGAAUAGGCUCCAAAAAACCUGCUUAACACCUUGAGUACCUGGACCGUAAUUUGUUACAAAUUAUUUACUUUAGAGCCAGCGUGUGCAAGUUAGUGACUUGAAACAUUGGCUAGGUAGCAAGUUUAAAUAAAGUGAUACUAGAGGUCGUCCAAGUUGUGCUUGGUAGGAUAUUUUAGCUGGAUACAUUGCUUAAAUGCUGUACUAAUAACUAUCACUUUUUAAAUGCUCCUCACUGGUAUCGUUUAGAUUUUAGAUCUUUUAAAUGUAUAACUACCCAACUUUUCUUUAGGUUUCCCAAAAUGUUUGCAUCUUGAAUAUAAAUCAAUCUGUUUAGUAAAUUUAUCAAGAUGUCCAAAGUUAGAGUAAAAACAAACUAUUGCAUUCUGUUUAUACCUUCUCUGAGGAACCGGUUCUAUAGCAGUAGUUCCCAAACUUUUUAGGUUCAAGGGGCCCCUUAACAGUUUGGGAACCGCUGUUCUAUAGAAUACCAGCUCACAUUUUACUUUUUAUCUAUCACCUCAUUGUAAUCGUCAAUGCUUGUUUAAAAGGGGCACCUAUUAAAGUAAGGAUUGUUCGUAUCCAUCUGUUUCAUUAAAUGUGCACUGCUGAUGAAUCUUUUAACUGUUGGUGCAACAAAGAGAAGCAACGUAUGGGUGGACAAUUUGGGUAUCUGAACCCAUUUAAAAUGUUUAAUUGCUUUAAUUCAGGAAUACGUUUUUGGCUUUAAAUGUGUGUACUCGGUUUGUAUUCUUUGAUACAUGCAUGUGUAAAAGUUACUAAUUAUGUGUCUUAAGCUAAAGUGGGUUUUUAAGGGUGUUUUCAAAAUACAUAUAAACGCAACUAUUAAAACAAAAGUAUAUUUAUAAAUAAAAAUGGAGAGAAGUAUGAUGCAAUUUAUUUUCCCUUUUAAAUGCCUGAUAAAUAUUACUGCUAAAAGCUUAUUUAAUGUAUUUGAAUUUAGGAAAUACAUUUACAAUUUGGUGUUUUGAAGAACCUAUAAAAACAAAACUCAAUUGCAAAAUAAUAAGACAAAGCUAUUUCGUCUGAAUCAGUGAGACCUCAAUUAAAGCAAUCAAUGUAUUAAAACA